CAGUGCUUCGACGAUCUCCUCAUUCCCAAGGAUCACGUCAGCCGUCGACCAUCCGACACCUACUACCUCGACCAGGAUCGCCUCCUCCGCACCCACACCAGCGCACACCAGACCGAGCUCCUCCGGGGAGGGAGCAGAAAAUUUCUCUGCACUGGCGAUGUUUACAGACGCGAUGAGAUUGACGCUUCUCACUACCCUGCGUUUCAUCAAAUGGAGGGAGUGAAGAUCUUGAAAGAAUGCACUGGCAUGGAGGAUCGCAGCGAGCAGUGGGUCAAGAUGUGCUCUGAAGACCUCAAGGACCAUCUCGAAGGCAUGGUUGACGCCAUUUUCGGACCGGUGGAGAAGCGUUGGGUUGAUGCUUACUUCCCCUUCACGGAGCCUUCCUACGAGCUCGAGAUCUUCUACCAGGACAAGUGGCUGGAAGUUCUCGGCUGCGGCGUCAUCCAGCAGCAGAUCCUCGACGGCUGCGAGAUGAAGGAUGCGCACGGGUGGGCCUUCGGUCUCGGUCUUGAGCGUCUCGCCAUGGUGCUCUUUGACAUCCCGGACAUCCGACUCUUCUGGACUGAAGACGAACGAUUUUUGAAACAAUUCAAGGAUGGAGUGAUCACAAAGUUCCAACCUUUCUCUAAGUAUCCUCCUUGCUACAAGGACGUGUCUUUCUGGCUUCCUGGGGACUGGCAGGAGAACAACUUCUUCGAGCUCGUGAGAAACAUCGCCGGUGACAUUGUGGAGAGCGUGGAGUUGGUUGACAAGUUCGACAACCCCAAGAAGGGAAAGACCUCCCACUGUUAUCGCAUAAACUACAGGGCCAUGGAUCGAUCGUUGACCAACGAGGAGGUGGACAAGAUCCAGGAGCAAGUGCGAGAGCUCGUGGCGAAGAAGCUCAACGUCGAGCUGCGAUAG